GGUGUCGGGGGGGCCGCUCUGUAUAGGGGAACCGUGUGGACUGGACCAUUUUCCGGCGGGACGGGAUUGCGAGCUGGACCCGUUUCCGGUGAGGUCGGUCUGGCGAAGGCGCCGAAUCUAAACGAGAUUCAAUCAGAAGUUGAAACACUGACCAGACACUCGCAAUUAUGGCAAAUCUGGGUUCAAGCAGCCAGGCAGUGACUGAGUACACAGUCCGUGUCCCCAAGAACAACACCAAGAAGCACAACAUCAUGGCGUUCAACGCAGCAGAUAAAAUAAACUUCUCCACAUGGACUCAGGCUAAAAUGGAGCGUGAUCUGAGUAACAAGAAGAUUUACCAGGAAGAGGAGCAACCGGUGUUUGGUGCUGGCAGUGAGUUUGGCAAAAAAUUGCGAGAGGAAUCAAGGAAGAAGAAGUUUGGGAUUGUUACACGAGAGUUUAAACCUGAAGACCAGCCCUGGCUGCUGAGAGUUAAUGGGAAAGCAGGCCGGAAAUUCAAAGGUCAGAGGAAAGGUGGUGUCACUGAAAAUGCAUCCUACUACAUCUUCACCCAGUGUCCAGAUGGAGCGUUUGAAGCCUUUCCUGUUAAUGCCUGGUACAACUUUGUCCCAGUAGCAAAACACAAGACGCUGACAGCGGAGGAGGCAGAGGAGGAGUGGGGAAGACGUAACAAGGUGGUGAAUCAUUUCAGCAUCAUGCUGCAGAAGAGGUUGAAGGAUCAGGACCGAGAUGAUGGAGAUGAGGAGGAAGAGAAGGUAAAGAAAGGGAAGGAGAGAAAGAGAAAGGGGAAUGACCUACGAAUCCACGACCUGGAAGACGACCUGGAAAUGAGCUCAGACGAGAAUGACGAGGAGAGCGAUGAGGACAGAGAUGUGAAAAAAGACACAAAAAGCCAGAAGAAAGGGAAAACUGCAGCCAAGAAAAAGAAGAAGAAGGGUUCGGAUGAUGAGGCCUUUGAGGACAGCGAUGAUGGAGAUUUCGAAGGGCAGGAAGUAGAUUAUAUCUCCGAUGAUGAAUCUAGUGAGAAUAAUGAAGAGGAGCCAGAGAAAGGGAAGGCUGAUAAGGGAGAAGAUGGACCUAAAGGCAUCGAUGAGAGUGCUGCGUCCGAGAGUAGUGAGGAGAGUGAAGAGGAAAAACCCAACGAAGAGAAAGAGGAGGAGGAAGACGAGAAGAAAUCUGCAGCCCCCGAGAAGAGAGAAAAGAAGAAAAAAGAGAGCAGUGACGAGUCGGAGUCUUCAGAUGAGAGUGACAUUGAGUCUGAAGCUGCCUCGGCCCUUUUCAUGUUGAAAAAGAAAACUCCUCCAAAGAAAGAUUGGAAAGGAUCAAACAACAGCUCCCGUGGGAACAGUCGGCCUGGUACCCCCACCCCACAAAUCAGCACCUCGUCCACACUCAAAGCAGCUGCGAGUAAACUGGAACAAGGGAAGCGGCAAGGCGGCUCUGCAGAAACUCCAGUGGCCAAACGGCUGAAGAUGGACUUGGGGGCACAGUCAACAUCUGGUAAAUCCACACCGCAACCACAGUCGGGAAAGUCCACGCCGAGCAGCGGUGACAUUCAGCUGACAGAGGAUGCAGUCCGACGAUAUCUCACCCGGAAACCCAUGACCACCAAGGACCUGCUAAAGAAAUUUCAAACCAAGAAGACAGGCCUCAGCAGUGAACAAACGGUUAAUGUACUGGCACAGAUCCUGAAAAAACUCAACCCUGAACGCAAGAUGAUUAAUGACAAGAUGCACUUCUUCCUGAAGGAAGGGAACUGAGACCUGGUCCAGUCUGUGUGUGUAUGUAACUUUUCUUUUUCAUCCUAUGUAUAAGGUGAUCUCUGUCAUAUGAUACAAUAUGGUGAUAGUUGUGCUCUGGAUCCAGCACUGUCCUUUCUAAUUGUAAACCUGGGCUUUAAAUCCAGCUGAUGGGAUGAGGGGUGAAGGGUUUUACAGGAUGUAUAUUUGAGGCAGGUUUAACUCAACACAGACUAACCCACAAAUUGGACCUAGGUCAUUCUCACUCUGGAGGUAGCAGAAAUGGUAAAAUGCACAUGGCACAGCAGAUACUGUUCUGUGGAUGGUGCCUGUUAUUGGAACCUUUCCACAUUCUGUAUCUGCUUUGGGAAAUCCCUCACUUCAGACAAGCACUAACAUCCUCAAGUCCCCACAGCUGUUACUGAGACUUUCACAGGGACUAUCCUAGAUUCACAUGACUUGUGUGGCAGGGCUGUCAGCUGCAAGUGCCGAGUGGUUGGGCAGUUUUAACCAGCAGAAAAAGUUCUGGAUAGAAUGAGACUGCACAAUCCACCUAGAGGUUAAGGAGCAAGAGUUCGGCAUCAAGCAAAGAGACUGCAUGGGUAAGAAUGGGCACUAAGCCUUAAAUUACAGAACUAACCACAGCAAAUGCUUCCCCUCCUUCCAGUCACAGCCAGGGGGAGCUGAGGUACCAGUAACGAGGGAAGGCAGGGACUGAACAGACACUAGGCUGCACACAUCAGCUCCAGCAGAUUGUUACAGAGCAGCUGUGACUGAGGCUAGGGAACGGUCAGUGGUGGUAGGGAGUGGGGCGGGGGUGGGGUUGUUGUCAGGGCAAGACAGAACUGAACAGGAAUAUUCCUGUUGCUAGGGUUGGAAUGCUCUGUGAAGCCAGCACUAUAAGUGAGGUGGAGAGUGUGUGAGGUUGCAUUAUUCCUAGUGCUGGUUUUGUCAGAGUGUUCACUUUAUUCAGUCUGUAUUAAUUGUAUAAUGCCACACAUGUAAUGGUUAAGGCUGGACUCGUUAUCCAAUAAAAUGGCCAAUGGUUUUCAUCCUAA